UCAUUUGUUUGUGCAUUAAAAUAUUUACAUGCAUAGAUUAAACCAAUAUGGAAUAAGAAUUAAUUUGUGAAGAAACUAAACUACGUGUUAGGUGGUACACAAGUCAAAAUGGAUACCAGUUUGGCAAGAGUAAACGACAGGCGUUUAACCACAGGUUAAUGAAACUUGCCGCUAACACCUGCAACAUGGAUGUGUUAUAUGAAGGAGACGAGACAGUAACACUGUCAGAAAUCUUGUCGCUGCGAGAUGCUUAUUUGAACGAGGAGGAGCUAUGGGCUCUGUGUCGGGAAUGUUGUUUGACUUUAGAAUAUGUGAGAAAUUCUCAAGAUAUGUUUCAAUCAUUAUGCAUCACACCAGAAACAGUUGCUUUUGACCAGAGUGGUAACGUCUGCUUUUUGGAUUUAGAAGAAGAGCCCGAACCUCUGUAUGUAGCACCUGAGUUUGAAGAUGUGGGCAAUUCAUUUAAGUCGCAUUUAUUUUCUCUGGGUAUGACAAUGCUGUAUGGCGUAGAGUACAAUAUACAGACAGAAGAACCUAAACAUGAUUUAAGUCCAACUUUGUCAGAUCUUUUAACCAAUCUGUGUGCUGAUGACCAUUCACAGCGGCCAUCAUUAAUAGAGGUUAUUAAAUUAUGUGAUGAUAUACUUGAAGAUCGUCUAUCACAGUAUAUUUGUAGUUGUAUGAUAACUAACUUUAUUAGAGGAAGCCCUGUUGAAAAAGGAACAACGAUAUUAGAUUUAACAGCAGGAUUAUCAUCGUAUCUUAAUACACAGUCCACAUCAACACCCCGACAAUCAACACCUCAAGAUCCUGGUAAAAAAACGUCUUCAAGUUUGACUCAUGUUGACACUUCAAAUGAUUCAAACUAUGAAAGUGAUGAAUAUUUAUUAGCAAAACUUGGAGAAUCGAACAAAAGCAAAAAGUCUUUAUCAGCAUCGGAUCAGAUAUUAGGUGGUAGUGAUAAGGAAUUAGAAGAAUUGGAAGGACAAAGGUUAGAAUAUUCUGAACUCUGUGAAGAUUCCUCAACCACUUAUAAGGAUGUAGAAUUCUGUGAUAAUACUCAGGAAAACUGUGAUAAAGUAAAAAGUGAUAUUUAUACCCCAGCUUCUGCUACAAGUGAUAUAAAUACAACAAUAAACUCAGAAGCAGAAGAGAUUAUUACAUCAACAUUAAUUUUAAAUAGUGCAGAAAUGGAGUGUCUUGACUUGUCAUCAAUACUAGAAAUAACAAGGGAGAAACUAGACAGUCUAGAUUUAUGGGCUUUAAUAAGUGAAGGAACAAAAGCUAUACAGAAGAAAAAAAGACAUUUACCUGCUUAUAUAUCUCCUGAUACAACGGUUAUUAAAGAAAAUGGAAGUAUUAUAUUUACUGCUGUACCAGAAGGUAAACAGUUAGAAACUAAAUAUAUGGCACCAGAAUUACAACAAAAAGGAAUAUUCUCCGAAAAGACAUGUUUAUAUGGAUUAGCUAUGACUUUACAAACUGUUGGUGGUAAUGAUGAUAUGGAAGAAAAAAUACAAGAUAUGUUAUUAUCUAUGUUACAUACCAAUUCUGAUAAAAGACCAACAUUAGCAGAUACUUUACAUGUAUGUAAUGAACUACAAUCUUUGUUUGAAGUAACAUCAAAAGAUGGAUGUAAACAGUUACUACAAAGAGCCUGGAAUUAUUAUAGUGAAGAGGAAGAAAAUAUGACUGAUCAGGUGGAGAUUUCAUUAAAUGAGUCAGAAGUUCAAAAUACAAGUAUAGAGAGCACCAGUACUCAAAGCAGUGAACCAAUCACAUCUAUUGUAACAAAGACUACUGCACCUACACCCGUUUCUGCCUUCAAACCAAUUCACCCAGAAACCAUGGUUAAACCUGUUGCUAUUCGCUCCCAGUCGUCUGCUUUCAAACCAGUUCCCGGAAAAAUUCAAACUCUUCCUCUUAAACCAAAACCAGUUUACAGCACGGUUUCUCCAUCAAAACAAGAAAUUGAAGAAGAUGCCAAAAACAGUCAGAGCUCAACUCCCAAAAGUUGCGAUAUUUUUAAUGAAUCUGAAAAGGGAACUAAAGUCCUCAAGAAAUUAAAAGAUUUGGAACAACAUUUGUUACGUCAUCGCUCGGUUGAAGAAACAAAAAGCCCGGAAGUAGAAUCCGAACUGGUUACAGAAGUGAACAAUAAUGAAAUUUUAGAUGUCAAAAAAGGGGAAAUGACCCACCACAAAACUGAUGAUGCUCUGGGACAAUUGUUACAAAAAUUUGAUGGUCAACUACCAGAUACAGAUACAUUAGCUACAGCUAUUGCACAAUAUUUACAAACUCAAAUAGGUUCAAAGGUCGAACCUACACCAGUCAACUCGGCCGUCGCAAUGCAUGAAAUUUCACCUAUUGAAAAUAGUAAUUCUAGAACACAAGAUACAAUAUCAUUAGCAGAUGAAGUCAAGAUGUCAGUAGUUAAUACUGCUAGAACAAAUUUAUCUCAGCCUCUUUCACAUCAGGCAUCGAAUACCUCAUUAUCUACAGUUACCACAAGUAGUAGCAUGCAGACAUUUAACAUGCCCUUUCAAUAUGCAUCAGGUCAAUUAGCCUCCUACCCAGUUCAACUUCAGUUACAACAAGAUCCUAAUACAGGCGUAGUUCAGCUUUUCCCCAUCAGUAUGAUGCCCUAUGGAGCAGUCCUUCCUUCACAACAAACAAAUGCCAGUAAUAGUGCUGAUAGAAAAAUAAUGCAUUUGAAUGAUGUUGGCAUUAAAAAUAAUAAAUUUGAAGAUGAUACAAUACCAGAACAUCAGUCUUUUGAAAAUUCAAAAUACGUCCAGGGAAAACCACCGAUACAUUCACGAAGUGCUAAGCAUCUUAUCAAAAAGACUGCACAGAGUCGUGCCAAAAACAACUCUCAAGAAUAUAUGUCCGAUUCAGGAAUUCCUGAUAGAAGAUGUUUUUCAUCUACUUCAAAUGUAUCACCAGGGAAGUAUUGUGCUGAUGACAAUUCUUUCAGACUAACAUCGAACAAUGCCAGAAAACAGAUACAGUGUUUACAAAAUGAACUGGAACAAAGUUUCAGCAGCCGAAUGUCAGGUGAUUGGCGGAAUAAAGGUGAUGGAACGUUUUUGUCAGAUGAUGUGAAUUUCGGUCAACCAGGAAAUAAAUCAUUACCAAACUUAGGCAGCAGAUCUGUGAACUCAUCUCCCUCGUUGUCCAAAGAUAGUGGAGUCAGUGGUAUUCACUUAAAUCAUAACAAUUCAUAUCAUGGUGAUACAAGUUUGAUGGACCGUCUGCUGAGUAAUGAUAACUCUCAACAACAAAAGAUAUUAAGUCAAGUUAUUGAAAAACUACAUGAAGAUAAUAUUCUUGAUGAAGUGAGACUAGACGACUUUGCUGUUGCCGAGUACAUUACAUCUCUGGGUAAUCUCCGUAUUGAUACAUUUACCAGUGCUAUUUGUGAGAAAUAUCACCAAGCGAAAUGGAAUCAACAGUUACUGUAUACUCUAUAUGAAGCAGUCAACAACAGAUAUCAAAGGCAAUCAAAGAAUGGGCUGACAAGGAAAACAAAUAAUUCUGCCCACAACGAACAACGAAGAAAAUCUGCUCCAAUAUUUGUACAGAACUUAAAGAGAUCUCCAGAUCCUGAUAAUAGUUCCACUGCUUCAGAAAUCAGUUCCAGACUAAACAGUUCACAUAUUAACAAGAGCAGUCCAUCUUUGGCAUUGCCACUUACACAGAGGUCACGGUCAUCUCCAUAUCAUCAGACAAGUGGUAUCAGUGAGACAUCUGAUUCCACAGAUACAGAGAGAAUUGAGAAGAGACGGAAAUUUAAGAAACGAUAUCAAUUAGAUAGAAGUAAAAGUUCUUCCAUGAACAAUUUGGGUGCCAAUAACACAACUCCUCAGUUUUUCGUAAAUAGCCAUGCGAAUCAGAAGGGCUCUGAAACCAUUGCUUCUGGUAACCAUAGAGAUCAAUAUAUGCCAACGUUUGGAUUAUCCAGAACUGUGCAUGCCAGUUUUAAAAUACAAAAAUCAAAAUCGGCUUCUGUAAAUAGUAAUAUUGUGGGUACAAAACCAGAAUAUUUAUCCUUGAACGGUCAAGACUCCUGUGAUAUACCUCAUAAUAUAGAUAUAAGAAACUGUGAUUCAUCUAAUGAUAAUAGAAGUUCUAAUGGUGUACAUAGUAGGAAUGCAGCUAAAAUAAACCAGUCAAAUUAUCAAAGUGAUUCUUCAAGAAAAAUCUCCUCAAAUAAAGACAUCUCUUCACCUACAAACAAAUAUUCUUCAGUGCGCAGUAGUGACUUUAAUCAAUUUUAUGUGAAACCAAAAGAAAUUGAUCAACAUUUUAAUAGUUUACAGAGACGUUCAAAUGGUGAUUAUCAUAAUUCUGAUUUUGGCAGAGCUGAUAGUUAUAUUUCUGAUCAUAUUAAUUUACAACAACAGCAUAGUAUCAAUCAAAACUUUUAUAAGAGUCCAGAUAAACAUUAUUCUGCAGAUGAACUCUCCCCUCCUGUAGAGUUGCAACCGCACUUUAAAUCCAAUAUGGCUUCUUUGAACCAUUCAACAUUUACCUCUCCAGCCAAGCCAAACAUUCGACCAUUAAGUUCAAAUACCAAGGAAAUGAUAAAUAGAAGAUAUCUAUCUAAAAAUAGCAGUGAUUCGGAGGGAAGUUCAAGUCGUAGUGAUACAUUACCUGUAAAAGGACGCCAUGAUAUUGUCACUAGAUCCAGUACCAGCAGAUCUUUAAUAGUUCUGUCUGAAAAUGGUAAUAAUGUGCCAUUAAAAGGCAAAGUUCAUAUUAUGUAUCACUGGACGGCUAUACAACAUAAUAUGACCACAGAAGUAGAAUCCUUCAUCAAUCAAACGGACGAGAAAAACAGAGCGGGCAUUGAAACAAAACUCAGUUCUGUAGAGCAGCAACUUGGUAUGGAAAAGAAAAUGCGAAAAAAAAGUCAGAAAUUCUACAAGAAAUUGAUAGAUCCAGAUGUCAAGAAUGGAAAAGGAGAUCAAAAAGGUGUGGCCAGUCAGGUAUUAAAAGAUUUAGAAGACAUGACUAAGAAGGUUCACAUAUUACAAUUGUUUAAAACACAUUUACAGAUGUUAUUAGUAGAACUAUAUGGUAUAGAUGAGUGUUUUUGCUAUAGUCUAGCAUUAGAUGUAUCUAAUGAUGUAUUAAUAUUACAACCAUAUGAAGAGAAUCCACUAUUGCAGUUUCAAUGUAUGGUUGAACCACAUACCGGUUGUAAUAUACAGGUCUUACAGGCGGGUGAACCACAUGCUCUACUAGCUUAUUUAUUCGUAUCGUCAGCUGUAAAGGAUGGAUUUGUUCACCAAUUUUUGUACUGUUACCGCUAUUUUAUAACAUCCGAGAAUCUGUUAGAUUUUAUCUUACAUAGAUAUACAGCUGCUCUAAGGUCAAAGCCAGGAGACAGAAAAUUGUUUAAAAUUAGACAAAGGGCUUUGGACAUUCUUCAUUUUUGGGUUGAAGGAUUUUAUAGUGUUGAUUUUGAAUCCAAUAAAACUCUGCUAUUCUGUCUGGAACAGUUUCUAAUGUCACAGAUGUCCAAGAGUGAUGAGAAUCGGGAUAAAAUAACAGAUUUAUUAAAUUUGUGUACCCAGGGUAUCCAGCUUAACCAAUCAGCUACAUCUAUAGAUGAGAAAGAUGAAGAUGAACCAACAUUAUAUCUUAAACUUGAUUCACCUAAAAAGCUUAAAGAUGCAAUUAUUGAGUGGAAUUCUUUUAAAUCUUUAACGAAGAAGUCACCACCUAAACAGAGAGUACAGUCAUUUAAAGACCUGACAUCAUUGACUAAAGGAACAUCCAGUGAUAUUGAUGAUGGCUUUUAUCCACGUGUUAGUAAGAGAAACGACACAUUUACGAUAUUAGAUUAUACACCACAAUGUUUGGUAGAACAGCUUACAUUGAUAGCUCAGGAUAUAUUCCAUUUGUCUCACCCAAUACAGUAUUUAAAUUCUAAAGCAGAUGGAGUAUGUGUAGCACUAUCAUUACCAGGAUUAAGAACACCAUCUAUGUUAAGGAAAUUGGAUAAUGUAGAAACUAAGAGCUUAUUUGUUGGUGAAUGGAAAUCAUGUAAAAUAUUAGAUCAACUGAUUAGUUUAUCACACAAUAUAUCUCAGUGGGUAGCUGGUGAAAUAGUUAGUUGUAGUAAUCCUAAGGUCCAGACACAAAUUCUAACAAAAUUUAUAAAUGUGGCUCAAGUUUGUGAAGAAAUAAGGAAUUACUUGAUGUGUAUUGCCGUUAUUGAAGGCUUAGAAAAUCUGAUAGUUCGUCAGUUACCUAUAUGGAGAAAUAUCUCAUCUAAAUAUAUAACAAUUAUGGAGAACUUGUCAGCUAUGAAGAUGAAGUUAAAGAGUGAACCGUUUUAUUUGAUUAGAGAUAUGAACUUUUAUCAAUAUCCUACUAUACCUGAUGUGCUGUAUUUCUUACUGCAUGUACAACAAAUGGAGAUGGGGAAUUUCCGUUUAGCUAAUGGUUUGAUGAAAUGGACUAAAAUUAGAACUAUUGUACAGCUAAUAGAUCAAAUCAGAAUUUUUCGUUCCAACGAGUAUGGAUUUGAGCCAAAUUACGAUAUCCAGGACAAUAUUUUCCAGAGGGUUGACGAAUUCACCAGUCAAGAUAUACAAUCUAUUGCAUCUCAGAAUGAUACAAACUUUAGACGUCUAUCGUCAGGUGGUUUACAUGGGGUUCUCAGGAAAGUCAAAGACAAGUUAGGAAGCAGGAAUUAAAUCUAAAAUCGAAACAGAAAUAUAUUAAAUAAAAGUGCUUUUUUGACAUUGAAUUAUAUGUUAAGAUGCAGAUGACAUAUAUUGAUGUGUCCUCCAACCAGAAUUCUGAAUCUCAAAUCUGAUUGGUAAUUAUGCAAAGAGAUAUUUAGUAUUAAAAGUAAUGUGUCUAAAUACAAACUGGAAUAUUUUUGUGAUAAAUUAUGUAUUUGCUAAACAUUCUAAUUAAAUCCUCAAAGGUUGGAUUUGUCUCAUUUGAUUUCCUUACAAAGGUAAAAUAUAUAGGCCCUAUAUAUUAAAAAGCACACAUUUAUUUAUUUGUUAAAUAUACAUGUAUACAUGUUUUAUACAGUUAUAUGUAUUAAGAUCAUUGAUUUAUACUUUGCUGUAUUUAUGUAAUAUCUAUGACAUUAAUAAAUAGUAUAACUAUAAUAUGAAAUUAACCUAACUUAUGAAUAAAAAGAUGAAGCAAGAAACAAAUAAUGAAAUUAGUAUUUCGACAAAUAUAUCAAAUUCACAUACAUAUCAAUAUUAUAUUUUAUUAUUAAUAUUUAUGUAAGUUUAUUAUAAGUAUUAUACAGUGCCUGUGAUAUUAUAUGUUUUCUUUUU